GUUGAGCAACGCUAUUUUCCCGCGAACAGCCAAUGAGGUCGCGUAAGGGAAAUUUGAUGAUGGCUUCUUCAUUGCUGCCCCUAAACCUAACGCAAUAAUGACAGUCGGGAGGACGCAGGCUGCCGGCUCAGCGCCCAACCGUUACCUGCAGCGUCGGCCAACGUCGGGCGUAUGCGACCGGCGCUAGGAACGUGAUCGUCAUGGCCCUAGGCAGCUGGAACCGGUGCGGCGGGCGGCCGCCAAUCUUCGAGUACUAUGUCACCGAGUUUCCGCUGCCUGAGGAAGGAAACUUCAGGGCGAUAUGCAAAGUUUGCAACACCUCCAUCAGCGCGUCCCGCCGAGCCACAUCGAACCUGAUAUCGCACAUGAAGCGCAAGCACCCUGGCGUGUAUCAUGACAAUGGCAGCGCUGGCCGGAUGAUGGACGUGGCCAGCGUGCCCCAGCUGAUGGGCAGCAGCGGAAGCAGUCAGCUGGGCUCAGUGCAGCAAUACGUAGAUCAGCGGCAGCAGCAAGUGACAGAUGCACUGGUCAGCCUGCUGGCAGGCAGCCUGCUUGAUCCAGGCAUUGUGGACACGCGUGAGUUCCGACGCCUGCUGAGCCUGCUCGACUCGAGCUACGAGCCACCCACAGCAUCGCAGCUGGUUUACGGGCUGCUGCCUGGCCGCCGCUGGGGGCUGCAACAGCGUGCCAUGCUGCUGCUGGAGACGGCACAGAGUGUUGCCCUUACACAGGAUGUCUGGCUCGGAUCCACAUCUUGCGUGAGUGUGUCGGCACACUUCAUCCUCAACUGGCGUCUGCGCACCGUGUUCCUGGCCGGCCGCUACUUUGUGGACGCUGACCCUGCCGAGAGCGUGCAGCAGCUGAUGGCCGAAGCACUGGCGCAGUAUGGGCUGGGCGAGAAAGUGGCGCAUGCGGCUGUGUACGCUGCGGCGGGUGUGGUUCGCAGCUUUCAGACGUGCCUCCCCGGUUUCUCGGCCUGCGAAGAAGGUGCUGCUUUGCCAGGGUCAGCAGGGGCUCUGCCAGGGGCCAGCGACGGGGACUGGAGGCCUCUGCCAGGCAACUUGCUGAAUCUGGACUCUAAGGACCUUGGGCCACUCUUUGUGGAAGGUUUGGGGUGCUUUGCAGAAGCACUGCAGACUUGCGUGGCUGAUGGCCUACUAGAUGACCUUCACCUUGAGGCAGCGGUCAACAAGGUCAGUGGACUUGUUGAGUUGGCUCGAGGAUUGCCACAAGGGACUCUGGAUUCAGUCCGCCAAGCGGUCGAGUCUGGCUGCUCCACUUGGCACGGGCAGCUGCGGGUGGUUCGCGCCACCGCCGGGUCGCCCCUUGAGGUCUUGCAGGGAGCCGCACCUGCCCUGGGCUUCACACCUGAUGACCUUGAAACUCUUCGGGAACUCUCCGAGCUCAUGGAACCUUUCGAGGAAGCCUUCCACCUCAGCCGUGGCGAAGGCCGUAUCACAGCAAGUUACGUGGUGCCUUGCAUCCGCGGGCUGCGUGCCCACCUCGAAGCAGCUCGGCCUUUCCGGCUGGUGUCGGCCGCAAGCCGCCUUGCCGCAGCCCUCACCACUCACCUAUCCAAGUUCGAAGGGAGUGAGACCUUCGCACUGUGCUCCAUGCUAGACCCACGAUUCAAGCUUCGCUGGUGUGCACAGGAGGGGGAAGAGCGGCAGAGGUUCACAGCACUGCUGGGCACCAAAGUCCAGGAGGCAGACGGUGACCGAGACACGACAUCGCCGCCUGAGUGCGACGAGCCCCCGUGCGAGCGCCGCCAGAGCAAGUUGUUUCGCUACAUGAGCCCAGGGGGAGGGUCCUCUGCCGAGGGUCCUCAGCACCAAGCUGCUCCCCAGUGCUGGGAGGUGAGCAGCUACCUGGCGACGCCGUGCUUGCCUGAGACGGGGUGCCCCCUUGACUUUUGGCGCCAACACCAGGGUCAGUACCCAAAGUUGGCCCAGCUGGCCUGCCGGCUUCUGAGUGUGCCUGCCACGGCGGCGCACAUCCUCCGCAUGUGCCGUGUGGGCGGCAAGGUAGCCAACCCUGCCGAUUUUCGGCUUAACGGGGUCACAUUCGAAAAUCUCAUGUUUGUCAAAUGUAACCAGGGUCUCAGGUAGUUAGACCCAUCAUUGCUUUUUGAGUGUGCUGUUGUUUAAUCCAAUGCAUACCAAGUAUCCCAGUGGUGUCCAGCAUCCAUUUUAUUAACUGCAGCCCAAGAUCCAGUCAUUGCUUCACAGUCCACUUGGCCUGCUUUCAUUUAGGUGCUGAGCAAAUGGGAGUAAUUGAGCUUUGUCAACUGCGUAAGCCCAGUGGUUGGGCUUCAUAUGCAAGAUAGAGGUGAAGGUUGUUUGUUUGUCAGUGGGAAAUGUGUUUUUAUAGAAUGCUGUGACACACCUGUGAGAUUUUAAGAAGUGCAGCUUUUUGUCCCUUGUCUUUCAAUGGGGCAUUAAACUAAGGACUCCACAUGUUACGAAGCUGCGUUUACAAUGUGGUUAGAUCGCCUGAACACACAAUGUUACCAGAGCCUUCUAUGCCAGGUCCUGUGAGUUUUUCUAGUUGUCCUGACAGUGCUGAAGUUUCUUUUCCCCAGCCAUUUUAUCCGACAGGAAAUGACGUUGCUAAUAACACUUUACUAGAACAGCAGUAUAUGGUUCAUCCAACGCUUAUAAUUUCUCUGAUUGCAUACCUGUAUGCCUAUGGCCUGACUGUUAUCACCUCUUCUACUUUCUCAUCCAGCAAGUCUCGAAUUUUCCUUCUCCUCCAUGAUGUCUGGACUUUCCUCACCAGUGCAACAUGUAUCUUGCACACUGGUAUCUUUUGCAACUGUCACGCUUGAUCCUUGUUUGUGGGCCCUAUUCUUACCACUCGCAACCUGUGCCGAGUAGUAGCCAUACACUGCUGUCGCAGUAAGUGUUGUAAGCAAGUAGCAAAGGAACUACUACACCCGCUGACAAACCAAGAAUCGAGUACAAGCGCCUCCCACAAAAUUGCACUAUGCUUAACCGUUUAUGCUUCUCCAUACCAAAACGUAGCUCACAAAAGACUCCAACGUUGGAAAUACCGCAUUUUCCGGAAUAGCCUUCACCCAGUGUAUAGUCUGAAAAGGCCAAAUUGGCUUAAAAUAAGAAGUUUAUUUAGAUAGUCUGUGUCACUGCAUAGUCUGCAGGGAUGAACUUCAACUGAAAAUUUGAUUUUUAGCUUGUCUGCAACCAGUAUUGGGGGUGAGGACAUGCCGUGGCGACUGAAGGACUUGUAAAGUUGGAUCACGUCUUGGAGUGUCUGAUUCAUUGAUAUCGCUUUUUUUUUUGCACCAUACGGCCGUGGAAUUUCGGCUGGUCGUACUAGUUUUGUGCAGCAGUGCUUAUUCUGUGUGAGAAUGUCCGGUGUGUCUCUAUGCUAGUUAGGGCCAGAUUUUGCUCUACGUACUACUGCAGAAAUAGAAAUCACGGUAGCCGCUACACAAGCUCUACGGUUGUUAAAGCCCGGUGACAAACAUUAAAGUGUGCAUAUACGUGUACAAAAUAGCAAAUCCAACUUGCAAGUUUGAAGCAGUCAAAUACGUCAAGCCAGCUACGUGUGUGCAACUAGUAAUGCAGCCAGUGAUGCACGUGGCACAACAUAUCUCGUAAAUUUACGGCCCUUAGUCAGUUUAUGUGAAGGAAUCUUGUAGAUGUUCAAGAUUUAUUAGUAUGCUUUAUUUUGUUUUGUUUUACUUUCUCACAGAACGCACGUGCACUCGCAUCUAUUGCAGCGUUCGCACUCUUUGGCCAUCUGCAUGCCAUGAAAUGUGGCUCCGUUGUUUGCAUAACUCAACACUGCAAGUAUCUUCAUCAUCUAACAAUCUCUGCAGCAGAAUUUUAUUUUUCUUCGCCCCCCACCCCCAGUUUUAUCGGCCAUACAAUGUGAGGCCUGCGGGAUCAGCAUGCACCUGUAUCGACCUGCAUAAGAAGCGUAUCGUGCUGCUUAGUCCCACAGUGUGUCUGCUUGUAAUGGGACUUAAAGGGACCCUAAAGCACAACUAUAAAUCAAUUUAGAUUAAUGAAGCAUUGUUUGAGAACCCUGCAGGCAGUCAUUUAAAAAAAAUGUAGUUGGAUUAUUAGAUGAGAAAAUGAAGGUCCAAGUAUCAGUAUUUGAAUUUCACUCCGAAACCCCAGUGCCGAUACGUCAGCGUGACGUCAGGGAUACCAAAGUAUGCUUUCGCAUUUGGGCUGCGUUGGCUGAAUAAAGGUUCCCGAAACUUGCCAUGUUUAAUAUUUGGUUCCUUUAGAACGCAAUGUAGUCAAUCUGUACCACUAUAUAUAAUUAGUAGGGCCCAGAAGAUGCCAUCAAAAUCCAAGACGUCACAGCCCCCAGGUGCGGGAACUUAAGUAGGCGUCGCCACCCGUAUUUCGUUCUUGCGCUUUUUCUGGCUUACCAAACGUCUUAUCGUUGUAAGAGCGGUGUUUUUGGUGAUGUAGAGUGGUCAUUUACUGAUGUAGAAGAAAUCAUUGUUCACUAUAGUGUCCCUUAAACAAAAGGGCACUUAUGUAACGAGUAUUAGGUACUUAUAGGCAGAUGUAGAUGCACUUUCGAGUUUAUCCGCUUUCUUCCUGAGACAGAAAACAGUGGCAACACAAAAGUGAAAACGCACAACACCUUGACGUGAGAGCAGUGCAGUGAGAGAGCGUGGUUCGCAGAGUUUGAACCUGUGUCUCAUUCACAUUCAUCCGAGUGCGCGGUAACGCAGAUGAGAAACCUUGCUGUAAUUUUCAGUUUUGAGUGUAGCAGACGCCAGAAAGUAACCAAAGAAACAGAAAAGCACGAAACUCUGAAGUGAGCCAGAGUGUGCUCGUAUUUUUGUUUUGUGCUCUAAAGUUUACAUAAUUUCAUCUCCUCCUUGUAUUAUGUAGUAGUCAAAGCCAUCUUUACCUGCACUGCUCAUGAAAAAACAAGCCAAAUGCUCCCCCCCCCCCACAACGGCAAGCUAUCACCAACUGUAGCCUGGCCAUGUUUUUAAUGUUAACAAUUUUGGACAAGUUAAUUUGCUUAUACCAACAUUUCAAGGAGGGAUCUUUAACCCAUCCAGGCUGUCGAAAAAGUCUCUGACCAGUUUACGUUUGCAUUGACCUCGUGCCACUACGUUCUAAACAGACAAUCUGACCAAAAGAACAACAAAUCCUGACCUUAGGUGGAUAUAUUCUCCAAUGAGCAUGCUAAAGAGCUUCUAAAAGGCUCUGGGAAACUUGUUUAUGUUCUGAUAGGGCAGGCGGUACUGUUCAACAACAGUUGGCAACAUUUGUGAAUGAUCAAACUAAAAUAAACCUCCUAAAUUGCGGGAUAAAAUCACCAUCCUCACACUUGCCAUGGCGAAGAGGUGUCACGUGAUCCAACUUCCUGCACAAGAACAAUUGCAGUACCAAAGCUGCUAGUGGUGGCCCUCGCACCCAAUAUAGUAAGAAAAAUUAUAUUGAGCCAGUAAAAGCCUGGGUCCCUUAUCGGACUGCAUAUAGGAGUCAAAUCUAAAACCUGUCAGACUCGCUCUCAUCGGGGCUGUCAGGACAAAACAAGUCAAGAAUGUCGGAUUGUCAAGCUCACAAAUCCAAGCAUUCAAAGGUAGCCACUUCCAGUAUUGCUGGCAGCAUUCAUUCACAUAUCACAAGCUGCCAAUACGAGCUUGAAAAAUUGCUGGCGCAUAGCGACGAUCAUUGCGGAGCUCCUUUCGCUAUAUGAUUUGACAUGGGUGAAAUUGGAGGUGCAGCCUGGCCUCCUUUUCUUCAAUGCACUUCCGAGCUUUAAAAAAAAAUAUAUUGUAUAGCCUGCACUCAUACAUAGUCCUCACCCCACGAAAUUUCAACAUUUAUAAACUUGUAUAGUCCGGAAAAUACGGUAGUUCACCUCUGAGCUAACGUAACUGGCUGCUGCAGCUACUACAGAAAUUUUCCUCAAGCUGGACAGUGGUGUAUCUGCCAUUGCAUUUUUAGGUUGCCAGUGACCUUUUUUUUUUUUUCAUAGGCAUGCACAUGAGACCGCACUCUUUUAUUUAAUGCUAAGUUUCUAUGUGCACCGUAUGACGGCAUUUCAUUGCUAAUCACCCUUGGCACUUUUCAUGAUUGCUAUUGCAUCACCGUUGAAGCUCUCUCUUGACAGUCAACAAGAGGGUGCAAGUAGAGUCGCAAAGAGAAGUGACUGUAGCGACUGAUUUUUGCUAAGGUUUCCUGGACUUCCAGAGAGAUAGACAGGUCUCCUUCCUUUAUUGUGUCUGUAUCUAGGCCUCUGUGAAUAUUGUGUUAUGGCUUUUACUUUGAAGAGGUAAGAUGGGAGAUGACCUGGUGAAAGAAUCUCAAGUGCCACAAGCUUUUGCAGUGAUGCGACAAGCACAGCGCUGUUAUGAGCUUCCCUUAUGAAACCGAUGCCAAAGGCAACUGAUGCAAGAAACAGAAUGCAUUCAUUAGUACUGUGAAACGUGAAGGUUGCACCUUUUUAUGCAUGCAACCUUUUUCGAUGGCCAGUAUUCAAACCACAUAGUGUGUGGUGUGCCAUAUGGCACUCUUGUACAUAUACAAAUGUCGAAGGACUCUGCUGCCCAAAAGACACGUGUUGUGCUUCAGUCUUAUGACAGCCACCAGGAAAAUAACUUGAUAUACGAGUGUUUGUCGAGUGACAGCAUGAAUGAGAAAGAGAAAAUGCAUUUGUGUGACCAACCUGUAAUUUUUUGUGACAGGGAGCAUUGCCCUGACUUACUUCACUGACAAAAACAAAAAUAAGAUAUCCUGGACCUGGUCCUUGUGCAACACUGUAUGACAUACCUCUAUCAAAUGCACAUUUCAAGGACCAUUGAAACCAAGGAUGAUAGAAAUGUGCUAGGUCCAUUGGAACCAUUAGUGAGCUUGUGCAACGUAGCUGCUAGAGCUAAUGGAUUUUGCUACUCAUUGGUUUCGGUGCCUUCUGGAGGUGUGCAGGUGAUGGGGACAUAGGAGUAGGCUGCCAGGUGGCUGUUGUCUGACUGCAGUUGUUUGACGGUAUCAAAGAUGCAUCUCUUACUAUUAUCAUGGCGUUUAUCACAUCCUGUAUAUAACACAUCAGUACACGCAUUGAUCAUCUCCAAGAAGCUCUUUGAAUGCACAGAUGUGCCAUUUUUAAGAUGAAUUUUGUUUCUUGACCCCUUCAAUCUGUGUGUGUGGUGUGACCGUGCUGGCACAUUGUGGAGCUGUACCAGCCUCUUUCUUUUCUUCUUCUAGCAUCUCCAAAUAUAUGGCAACUGUCUCUGAGAGAUUUUAGUCUUGAUGAAUAGCUUUGCAACUAAAACGAAUCUAUUUGCGGGAUAGCCAUGGAAAGCAAAGAAGGAAGCCUUGCCUGUUCAAAAGUGUUACCUGUCACUGUAUGCGUGCUGCAUCUAUAGUUCCUCAUAGCACUUUCCAUGAUAUGUCGGGCUCACUUCCUUUCCCUUCAGCAGUUUGUGUUCCUGUUGUGUGCUCCCUCUGUCGAAAUGUAAACACUAUACGUAUAUGCAUUUCCCUCCACUUGCUAAAUAAAAGGUGAGCAUGCCAACUGUAUAACACAUUGUGUUUCAUACCUUCUGUCUAAAGGGAAUGGUUUGCUUCUUUGAAAAGCCAGUGGUCUCGAGGUGAGGAAGAACUGGUACUCAUUAGAGGCACAAGCUUCAUUUUACAGCAGACUUUUGCACUCAGUAUUGAUUCAUGCCUCUAUUUAGUUUGAUUGCGAGUGUGUGAAGGCCAAUUCCAGAGGGAGGCAGUACUCUUGGCAGGGUUAAGAGGAAGGGGGGCUAGGCACGAACAUGUUUCCAUUGCAGUUGGCCUUUCAAAUUCAGAGCAGUACCGCAAGGUUGCCCAUAAAGGUGGAUGACACAGCACGAAUCUACGCUCCUGUUUCUAUGCAUGAGCUGAAAAGAAAUUUGCCUUUCAUGAAUUACAUUAAAUUUCUUUAAAAUUUACUGUUUUGAGAGUACCCCUCUUUUUCCUUGGUUUGUUUAUGCCCGCAUAGCUCUCACUCACUUGUUCAGAAUAAUAAAAAAAAAAUGAUCGCUUGUUCUAUUUCCUAUUUUCUGAAAGAAGAAACUUUACUCCUAAGCAAAAGGAAGUGGCCUGAUGCAUUGGCUCUGAGCUCUGCAAACUAGCUGCAUUCACGCUAGAAAAACUAGUGCGCUGAGAUUCAUAGUCUCAGCCACCUGUGGUUGAUGUCGACCUAUGCUUUUGUUUCCUAUUACGACGCCCAAAAAUAAGAACGACAGAAAUGCCAAGAGUGAAAGGGAGCUACAAAAGACCCUUUGGAUCCUCAGGACAAGUGCAAUAAUGCAGAACAAAUGCCUGCGCAUGCCUGUGUAGAUUGCAUUUGAUGGCAAAGAAAGGCAAACUAAACAGCAACUAUUAUUUGCCUUGACGCCUUGACAGGGAAAGUUCCGUUGUAGCGAGGACAUAUAGAAAUUGUUGCCGCCCUGAUUUAUCUUGCAAGUAUUUAUUUUUUCUCCAAAUCUUGUUCCAGUGGUUCCAGCAGUUGGCUGUUCUGCAGCGUCACCUUGAGGUGUUUCGUCACCCAUUUGCAGAAAACUCGCGCUGUCGACGCUGUGUCCAUACAGGUGGCAUGCAUUUCAGUGGCAGCAAAAUGCUAAAUUAGAUGUCCACUGUGAUUGAGGGAUGUGACAUUCUCUAUACUGACACUGUGUCAAGGAGUUGACCCGCAACCAGUGCUCAUUAACUUUCUUUUUGAUCAAGAUGACAGAUUCCACCCAUUUAAGCAGAUUCUGGGAUAAUGGCUUCCAACAGGUUACCUAUCAGAUUCUUUGUGUACUUGUCCUAGCUUUUUUUAGGCUUGUCGGCAUUCAAGCUUAUUUUUUUCUCUCCUCCAACGAAUUUGGUGUACGUUUUCACUUUCCUAGGUUAUCUUGUGUGGUUAUAUUUCUGCGGUGUAGACUGGAAUAUUCAUUUUGAAUCCACAACUCCCAUUGGGAACAAGAAGAGCAACUGAAACGCCACAGCAAUCGUUCAUUAGGACAAGUUUGUUGUUAACUGCGGUGACCAAGUCCUAAUAUUUUUCCCACAAAGUGCUGUGUGGAAAUUAUACUAUAUAAAGUGUAUCAUUAAGUCAAGCAAGCUGGAGGAUACCGAAAUAGAUCAUAUUUGCCGUAUUUCCUCUCUCUCUCUCUCUAUCUCUCUCUCUCUCUUUCAAUUGUCUGUUCUGUGAUCAAUGUGAAACUUGUAUGGGCAUGCUCCAAGUGGGCUAACCACUCAUUGGCCCAAGCUCAUUUGGCCAACCUGUCUUUGACGUGCUGGACAAACGCCCAUAGGAACAGCAGGUAUUUGUAAAGCGGACUAGUCCGACCAACACUGCUGGCACAUGUGAAAAGGUUUUUCAAGGCAGCGGUGCUUUUUCAAGGCGUUGCAUGCAUGCAUAAGCCUGGACACAUCAUUCAUUUGAAAGACUCAUCAUAACAUUAGGUCAAUAUAUCAGCAUGCGUCAAAGGGCAGCACGCGGUUUCAUUCUCAAGCCCUCCUUUGAUGACCUGAAUGCCUUGUUGGAUGCCCUCUUUCUUUGAAUGUCAUUCCUCCUGUGUUCGAGGUGGUACCAAAGCUAUAAGAAUGCCAUUGCUUUGGCAGUAGUGCUUCAAGUGUGGAUUUCUGCUGCCUUGUUGUUAGCUAUAUAAGAUGGUUCUGAGCUGCAGGCUUUGUUGAUAUCAAUUGCACUUAGGUCCAAAUGCUAGGUGAACAGAGUGGUAGACAAGCAUAUCUUUAGUAUACCAAGGUGAGAGUAAGAAUAUGUUAUUUUUUGUGGCAAGGUGCAAGCUUCGAUGUGUUGGCAGCUAGCAACGGAAGAGCAAUAUUGAGUGCAGAGGUUUAACUGGAAUGGGAAAAUUUUGCCGAGGAAGCAGAGACAACAAAAUGUGAACACCCAAACAGAGAUGCACACAAAAGAAAAUUUGUGUUAAACAACACGAAUUUGUUUUGAAACGAAAGGUCUGACUAGCAAAUGCCUUGUGACUAGCACAGUUGUGAUGGUUCUACUCUGUCCUUAACGUCUUGUAUGGAUCUGCUUUACAAAAAUUAACAUUAUCUUGUAAACCCUUCUUCACCAUUGUGUCAUGUACACUGCUGUUUUGUGUGUGCGACUCAUGACUGCCAUCAGUGUAAUUUGACAAAACAGCCAGUUUUGCUACAAAUGUUUACGUUGAAAGCAGUUUCAGUCAGCCACAUUUUCAGCGUAAGCGCUGACAAUAAUCAGCAGUCCCAGUGCUUGAAAUGAGCAGGAAACAGAAAUUCAAAUUUUGUGAAUACGUUACAACCGUAAACCACAGGUUCUUGCUACGCAUAUUUGUUUUGGCCAAAGAUGUAUUCUUCUCUCUCUUAGUUCAAUUAUUAAUUGCUUUAAGUUGGUUUGUUUAAUCAACAUACAACACGAAGAGAAGCAGAAAGGAAGUCCUUCAUGCUGUAUAUGCAGUAGCACUUAUUUGCAUCCUCCCACAACUUGUUUUCCACUUAAGCUAGCAACUGUGCAAGCUGCAUCCACUGCUAAUGACAAACAUAAUGUUUUAAAACUGUCUGCUGCGAGUCAGACUAGCAUUUAGUAUAUCUCAUUUUAAGGCAUGGCCACUGGGUUUGCCCUUUCACAAACCACUUGCAUUGCUACCUAACUAAUCAAUGUUUUUUUCUGUAAUUUCUUAUGCAACUGAACUGUCAUACACAUGAGUUGCAGACAUGCCUCGCUCUGCAUAAAUUUCACUAUGCCAGAGACUGUGUCGUUCACUUGAAUUGAGUUUGAAAGUCAUAGGCGUGAUGCUUGUACAGUCUACACUUCUCAUCACAUGCUUGGCCUUUUCUUUUUCGAUAAUUGUGAGGAACAACUGUAAAGGGUCUGUGUACAGUUAAUAUUUCUUUACACUUUCUCAGUGAGCCAUUUGGAUUCACUUGUAUCAUACAUGAUCAUUUGUGGUUUCAAAGUGGGCUUGGUUAAGUUCAACAAGCACUGCAUAGUGCUGCUGUCACAUUUCAUUCUCAGAGAAGCAUUUCAUGAACCAUCAGGUUUUCUUUUAAUGUGUUCAUCCUGAUUUGCAUACCUAUUGCCUACGUAAUUGGCUGUGCGACCUGUAAUACGAUGUGGCUGCUGUCUAGAAGUACGACAACCAUUACUGUAAUGCAUGCAUCGAGUGACAUUACUCUAAUUGUAAAGAAAGCUAUUGCUUAAAAGUGACACUGCAUUGCGCCUUUGAAGCGCAGUUUAAUUAAUGCACCGCAUUUAUUUGUCUGUGUGUUUGACCCUAAUUGAUCACGCUUAGCCUCCCGCUGUUUUAUCUGUGUGCUUUUUCCUUCUAUGUGUGUGUACGUCAGCAGGUGUUCAAGGAACGCCAGUUUUAUUUAUUUACAUUGUAAGCCAUAUACUCAGCACAUGGUGAUGACUAGCCUCUUGAUUAGCAGCCCACAAGCCUUUUGUUGUGGGUUGCGUGCGAGUUGUGUGCAGCUGAAUAGUGUGUCUAUUCUGAGCAGGCAUUUGUGAUCGAGUCCUUUGCUUUGCCAGUGCACUUGAGUCUCUUGUACAUUUUUUAUAUAUACAACAUGCAAAAGAGGACGUGUCAUUAGAGUCUGACUCUUGACAAAUAAAAGAAGAAAAUAUUUGA